UCAGUUUUAAAGGAGGUCGAAGCACACGCAGUGGUCAAGCUCAUUGCCUUUUUGCUGGAGUGCUUCCGGUAUGAAACGGUUAUUUGUUCGUUCGGGGAUGCUUGGCGAAUUUGCAAUCCACGAAGAGGCGCGUAUGGCUCCGCCGCGAGGCGCUCGAGGCAUGAUGAAAAAAACCUCCCGUUGCAAUGAUGUGGACUUGUCCUUCCCGAGUACGAAGGAGCAAAUGCUCGAGUUGGCCAAGCUAAUGGACGCGGCGGACGAGUGCGGGGCAGGCGCGCUCAACGAGAAAGGCUGCCAGCGAAAAGAUUCCGUGUUCGCGGGGAAGCUACUGGAACGUCUCCGACAGUUGUCCAUGCCGACCCGCGUUCCCGCCUUGUGGUGGAUGAUGGACCUUAUGCAGCCCGGGGGAUGCACGCAAGAUCUUGAAACUGCUAGAGAAUUUGAACGAGAAGAAGGUUUGCGGGUGAUGCUGCGAGCUCUCAAACUGGUUCAAGAGAGGGGAGAAGAGGCCCAGCUCAUUGCGUCUACACUGGCGAAAUUUAUUCCAUAUCUCCCUCACUUCUCUCGGGGAGAGCUAGAUCCAACCAUCGUCCCUUUCGUCGACACCUUUGAGUGCCUGAUAGUCAAAAUGUACAAACUGAUCAAGCCGGCUUGCGACGGGGAGGACGAAACGUCUGCCAUCCACAAGCCGCCUGACCUCGGAGAAGGUCCAGGCUGGAUCUCCGACGUUCCUGUGGAUUGCGGCCUCCGUCUGAAAGAAGCAGGCGCUUGUUCAAUCUCUUCCUUCGCGUACGCGGCCAGGUGCAUUGUUGAACAGUAUGGGGAGGUUCGCGGUACUCAGGAAGAUUUGCCUCGGGGUGUAAUUGGAAGACCCUACAUUUGGAUGCUCAAAGUCCUAAACGAGGCAGAGAACAUCCUUGUCCUUCUCGACUGUGCAUUGGAAAUUUUGCGGUCGACGCCAAACGCUCUGGACUUGUGGCAAGACAUGGUGAGGCAAAAUAUUGUUGCUGCCUGUAUAUCAACUCUUUCCUCUGUCUGGUCGUGCAAGAGGUAUUGGCAACGCUUCGAUAAGAGGUUACCUCUCUCCGGUUCUCCCUCGCCCAUGGCAUCUAUUAAACAACUUGAUGUGUCAGAUGUCAUUGAGGAGAAACUGAAGGCAGUGGUUCAUCUUCUCCGAAAGCUGGAUGAAGUUCCACCGCUUGUGGCUUGCUCGAUGCUGCACCUGGCGAAGAUUUUCUUGUCUCAGAAAAUCCCGGACAUGGACGAGGACAUUGCCGAGAUCCUGUUGCAGUGUUUGUGCUACUGGAGGCAUGCUCUCGGGCAGCAGGAGCUUCAAUGGUUUGCCUGUGAGGUUAUAGAGACGUUGCGCGAUCUGUUUGCAACCACAAAGCAUCGUACAGGGGUCCGAGGACGUAUAUGCAAUUCCCCAGGGGGUGUUCAAUGCCUGAGGUUGAUGCUGUGCGGAGCGGUGAGCCCCACUCGUUCGGUAGGAUUCCGUUCCUCGGGGGGCGAUGAGGAGCACGAACGUGAUCAUGAAGGGAACCCCAGCUUCGAGCAACAUCUUUCGCAGAUGCUAAGCGCUCUUAGCGGCGGCCAGGAGAAAGCUUGGUGCGCCAAUGAAGCGGUGGAAUGCGACCGUUGUGCCGUGUCGGCUGCUGGACUUCUCGCGGACUUGUACUGGGAAGCAGAGGGGGCAAAAAGUGCUUUCGUCCUUCCGUCAAUCGACAGAGAGCUCUUCUUGGACAAUCUACACAAGAGCUUGACACGGAUGCUCGUCCGCGUGGAAACUGAUAUUGCUUCACCAGGCCUUGGGUCAUCCAGCAUAUCAUCUUGGAUUCGUCCCAAAGCAGCUCUCGAAUAUCUGACGAGCCGUCUGGUCGGCAAGAUGCCAACGAGGAGGAGCGGGCCAGAGUCUCGACUGUCUCGCACAUGGCAAUUCAGGAAAUAUCAACCAAGGGUAAAUGCUCUUCUGGGGGUAAUCCACACAACACGUAUCCUGGAAGGCGUGAUGAAAUCUGGUGUCGAUGUGUCCGUUCUUGACCCGAAACGAUACGUCAGGACCGUUCUUAUACCUCGACUCGACAAGCUCGUGCAUUACAAUCCUCUCAGAAUCGCCGAGCUUAAUCUUCCGGAGCUCCAAAAACAAUGGGAAAAGCACGUACACUCAUUUCUCGCUUUCAAGCAACACCUGCAGUGGAUGGAUUGCAAUCAGUUGGAUUCCUUAAAUCUCCGGGCACCAUAUGAAGUGACCGAUGGUCACGUGAUUCUGUUCGACCUUCUCAGGUCAGUCCAGUGGUUGGACAAACUGCCAAGGUUGGUCCAGAGGUUGCUCGAAGCUGAUUUACCCAACCACAGCAACUUCGACCGAGCGUGGUGGGCAAUCGCUGUGGCAGGGGCAAUCUGGGGAGUGAUCGUGAUCAGCAUUGGACAAGAAGGGAAAGAAGACUGAUGCCGACAUGGGGCAUGGAACAAGCCAGCUUAGUUAUGCUUUCUUGCGUUCGUUUUGCUUCCUCUUUUUUUUCUUGGCUGCUUGGAAUCGACCAAUAGUAAACAACAGGAAGCACCAUAGGUGUCGCUGUGACACCGUAAGUUGGUAGCCAUGUCGAAACAAUACAAGUAACGAGGCCACACAAACGUAGUACAACUUCCACGAUGGUUACUUCGUGGAAGAAAAGUGUCUAUGUGACACCCAUUUGUUCUACACCCACGAACGUCCGAUUAUUCAAGCUCAGACCUGCAGUUCGAACUGCAGUUGAAUCAAAUGAUUGAAAUCACCCCGAACCAGCGGACUUUUGCAGGUCAACAAUUCCUGCGGAGCCGGUGGCCGCAGGCUAUUUUGGCUGGUAACGUCAUCAUUUCCGUCCCCAAGACCCAACUCACAGUUUUGCAGCGGGGUUAUCCGGGGCGUUGGAAUGAAAUAGCUGAUAAACG